UCUGUCAAUUUUAUAACCAAUUUGACAUGAGUCAAAGUAGUUGAAUUCCAACAUAUCUCUGCAACUAAUUGAUCAAAGACCCACGCAAAUUAUGACCGGCCUCUUUUACCUAAUAUGUUCUAUACUAUAUUACACAACGUUGGUCCAUUGUCUAGAAAAAGAAAUAACCUUCAAUGUCGACCCCGGUAAGCAGGAUUGCUUUUAUCAAGCAGCGAAAAAAGGCGACGUUAUUGACGUAGACUACCAAGUAAUAGAUGGUGGACACGGGGAUUUAGAUAUAACUUUCCAUUUAGUAGAUCCCACAGGAAGAAUUUUGGUUGCUGACUUCAAAAAGUCUGAGAACAAUCAUAGAGCUGAUGCAUCCAUGGAUGGAGACUACAAAUUCUGCUUCGACAAUACAUUCAGUGGGUUUAAUUCUAAGGCAAUAUUUUUUGAAUUGAUAAUUGAAGGAGAAGAUGAUGGUGAAUGGAGCAAUGAUAAAUUGGAAGGUCUUCAACCUGAGGAAGUUUAUGACUUACAAGUGCAAGAUAUUGAAGAAAUUUUAAAUACUGUAAAAACGCAAGUCACAAAAGUGAGACAUUUGCAGGACCUAAUUAAAUCUUCUGAAGCAAGAGAUAGGAAUGUGGCAGAAGAAAACUAUUUUAAAGUAAACACAUUUUCAAUGGUGCAAAUUGCUGUUAUGUGUUUUGUUGGACUUAUUCAAGUAAUUUUACUUAGGAGUUUAUUUGAUGAAAAAUCAAAGGUGCAUAAUAUUUGGAAGAAGCUAAAUGGAAGAUAAUGGUUACUAAAAUUUAGUGAUUUAAUGUACAAAGACUUUAUUUUAAUUGUAAAUAAAUGUAUUAAAAAUAAUUUUAAAACAAAUCAUGAUAUUUGUCAUAUCAAAUUGCUCUUGCAUGUAUAAAACUAGUGUAAUUUGUAUUUUUAUAACCUGGUACAUGAUCUGGUUACUAGUCAAUAAUUUUAUUGCUAAUAAAUAUGAAAAUCCAUCCACUAUUGAAAUACUAAAAUAAUGACAAUAUAUUUUGCUUUUAUCAUAUAGUAUUUUAAACAUAAUUUUUGUGAUUUAAACCAAAAAAUAAAGCAAUAAUGAAUUUUAAAUAAAAUAUGCAAUUUUGUUAACUUUAUUAUUUAGCAAUAAUAACAAAAUUUGUUAUUUUUGAGGAAAUGUGUGUUUACAAGUGUAAUAAAAAUUUUAAAA